AUGGCCGACUCGCAGAAACCAGUUCUGACUCGCGACCAGCUGGCGGGGUUACCGCGAAGCUUCUUCAAUGCGGUGGAUGCCAAGGACCUCGACGCUGUGGUGUCGCACUUCGCCCCGGACGCGACAUUCACCAUCCAGACGGCUCAUGUCACAUCCACGGGCUCCGACGAGAUCCGCCGCUCGUUCGCCGACUUCAUUAAUAACACCAAGCACAUGCUGCAUGACAUAAAAAGUAUUGUGGUCGAUGAAAUAAAUGGAAAGGUCGCAACGGAACAGCACUAUACUGGCGAGCAGUUGGAUGGGUCAAAAAAUAAUAUGCACAACUGCAAUCUCUUUGAUAUUGGAGCAGAUGGAAAGUUCACGCGGGUGGUUGUUUUUAUGGCAGGCGUGAGCCCGAUUAAAUAG